AUGACGGCGGGUAAAAAGAGCAAGCGCGAUGAUAUAUCGGCUGCUGAUACUUUUGAUGAAGUGGUGAUUGGCUUGCACCAAGCAGAGUCAGCUGUACUAAUGCUGAAGAGCCCUGAGGAUGAUGUUAAGACGCGAGCUUGUGAAGCCUUAUAUAGAUUUUCGAACAAAAGUGAUGAUAACAAAAAGGCUGUAGUCUCGCUUAACGUUCUGGAAUAUCUUCAGCCACUAAUUAAGGACGAAAAUAAGGUGGUGAAAAGAAAUGCAGUACUUGUUUAUGGGGUUUUAUCAUCGCUCCCUACUGCACGAUCUAUCAUAAGGAAGCUACCAAAUAUAAUAGCAGAUCUUCUGAAGCUUUUAGAUCAAGAAGAGUUCGAGACCACAAAGGAGUUUGCUACUAUGACUUUGUCGCACUUGUGCUUGGAAUAUGUUGGUAUAAAUGAUCUCAUAGAACACAAGUGCCUUCCAACAAUCAUACCCUGCCUGAAGUCACCUGAUCCAGAUGUGCAGAAAAAUUCCUUAGACAUAUUAAAUAUGCUUAUGCAGGAUUUUGAGGCGCGCCCAAUGCUGAAAGCUGCUGAAGGCUUAGAGACUUUGACUGGAUUACUGACUUCUGAAUACCCAGUUAUUCAGGAUUUAGUGCUUAAAACAUUUGCCAGAGCAACUCAGGAUAGUUUAAUAAGAACGGCACUGAGGGAUAUGAACGCAUUGGAUGCAUUUGUCGAUAUUAUUGGCAUUCCAGAAUUUAAUGAUGUACAUGUUUCCACUUUACAAGUUAUCGCUAACCUCCUAGAUGAUAUUGAAUGCGUUAAACACUUACUAAGUCAUGGAAGCCUUCAAACAUUGUUACAUUUUAUCACAGAUCGUCAAGUUUACAAUGAAAGUGAUAUUAAGGCGAAUUCUGCCAACCAACAGCAAGGCGGUAAAGGCGAAUCUGAGGGAAGAAAGGAUGAUGAAAAGCCACCGUCAAAUACUCUUCCGGAGGCAAAAAUUCAUACAUGCAAUGCACUCAUGAGAGCUGCUUGCAAAGAAGAGACGCGAAAAAUUCUACAUGAUGCAGAUGUUGAACGAAUGCUGGUAUCUUUAUUAUCUCAUGAAGAUGAAGGUGUACGAGCUGCAUCAGCUCAAGUUAUCGCUGUUUUGUCAGAAAGUGCAAUAUGCCAGGACAGAAUAGCUGAAUUAGGUGGUCCAGAAUUACUGAUACGUAUGACUCGAAGUGAUCAUCGUGAACUGAAAUCAGCUGGAGCUACAGCAUUGGCUGCUUUAACUACCGGCAAUGGAUCGAUUUGCAGAGAAGUGGCAAGUCGAAAUUCUGGUAUUGAAGCCCUCGUAAGUUGUUUACAUAUGCAUGACCCAGAAGUCGAUUCAAUCACUGUGGGUGGUUUAGUAGCACUAACAAAUUUAGCCCUUGAAGAAACUACUCGAUUGAAAGUUUUACACUCAAUGACAGCCAAACUAUUUGUGUCAACUUUAAAUUCAAGUUCAGUUCUAACUCAAGCAAAAGCUGCAUUGGCCGUGGCCUCAAUAAUCUGUGAACCUAAUACUGUACAACAAUUUCGUCAUCUUGGUGGUUUAUCAAGUUUAAUUAGUUUAGUUCAAUCAUCAAAUAAUGAUGUACGCCGUGCAGCAUGUUGGGCAGUUGCUACACUUGCUGCUGAUCAUACCGUCGCUAUGACAUUGUCACAGUUAGAUGGUAUAACUAUUUUGCAAAACUUGAAUGAAUCAGUAUCACGAAAAAAUGCUUUCACUGAAUUGGCUUUAAAACGUGUACUUGAUGCCAAUUUAAUGGCUAAGUUUUCACUAACUGGUUACUUAGACUUUACAGAUCAUAUACCAGAUUUAUUUUAUGAUCCGGGUCAAGUAACAAGUCCAUCAUUGUUUCUUACGCUGGAUGAAUACAAUGAUCAGUCUGUGAAUGAUCGCCGACCAGUAUUUUUGAUAAAUAUACAAAAAUGCAUCAGUUCGUCAUUAGAUUAUGGCCAAUCCCAGAUGGCAAGUGAUGCAAAAACUGAUGAUUUCAGACAAGAUGAAAUAAGUAAUUUCAGUGACAAUAAAUAUCCUUUUGAUUCUACACUGUAUAACUGGUUGAAUGCAGCAGUUAUACAAGUUACACCGCUGAAUAAUAUAAGAGAGCAAAUAAAGUCUUUAGGAGAAUUCAUCGCUUCUUGUUAUGGAGGGGCAAUCAGUAAAGAUGAGCAAAUUUCCUUCAGAAAUGAAUUAUCUGUGGCCCAGCUACGUUGCCAACUCAAUUCGAACUUAAUACCAUUGGGACUAAUUAAACAAGGAUCCUUUAUUCAUCGCGCUCUAGUUUUUAAGCUGUUUGCUGAUCGAAUCGGAUUACCAACCAAUUUAAUACGUGGGACGUAUGGACACUCUUACAACGAAGUAUUACUGGAACCAGAAAAUAGAAAUUCUGGAUUGCACAAAGACUUAUAUAUUGUCGAUCUAAUGUUUCAACCAGGAAGUUUAUUGAAAGCGUCUACAAGUGAAGCAUUCGAGUAUAUUAGUAUAGCAUGUUAA